GGUAUAUAUGUCCUCGUCUGGGAGAUUAAUCUGUAUUACAUGUGCAACAGGACAUUGCAAACGUUCUACGCAACAAACGUCAAGACCAAUGGCGGAAAUGCUAAGUCUUCUUGCAGUUUUUGGAAUUGUGUGCUGCAUGGCACAGAUUAGGGCAGUGACAUCAGAUGAACCCGAAGAUGAAGUACAGAAUAAAUGCGCCCAAGAAUAUAACGUAGACGAGAGUAUAUUUGUUAACAACGGGAAAACUGAAGACAAUGAUAACUAUAAUAUCGUCCUAAAGGACGAAUCCAAUGAAUACCACAGGUGCUAUGUCCAAUGUUUAAUGGAGGGUUAUGGUUAUAUGAAAGAUGGCGAAGUGAACCAAGAAUAUGUGGUAAAGGAAGCAGGAAAGGCAUUAGAGGAGGAUGGUGUGCAAUUUGAACAGAAGGAAUUAGAGUCAGACGUAGCAGCAUGUGCAACGCAAACUGGUGAAGGAAAAUGUAAUAGAACAUACCAGAUCACGAAAUGCUUGUUUUACUAUUCUAAAUAGGAGAAUCAGAAAUAGUAAGUUUCAGAACGGAGGAGAGAAUCUGGUGGCGGAACAGAAAAGCAAUCAGGAAUCGAUGCCUGGAAACAUAUUUGUUGCAUCGGAUCCAAGUAUUCCAUAAUAACCCAGAGGCCUCAUAUACGUAAAAUCUUAUAUAUGAAAUGUUCUAAACAAGAUAACCAAUUAAAUAAAUCACAAAUAAAUUACCAUAGGACUA